AUGAAUGAAGGCGGAUUUAAGUUACGCAAAUGGCGGACUAAUGAUAGUGCGUUAAGAUCGCAAAUUGAAGAAGAUGUGCGUGACGUGGAAAGUAGUUGCGUUGAUGAGCAAACGUAUGCGAAAACCACGCUUGCUCAAGUACAGGGUCAAUUUGGUAAAGUAUUAGGGUUGGAAUGGGAUAGCGUCGGGGACGUAAUAAUAUUCGAUUUCGAAAAUUUGAGUGCGAAAGCGGAAAACACGGAACCGACGAAGAGAAAUGUGUUGAGUCUGUUAGCUUGUAUCUUCGAUCCAUUAGGGCUCUUGAGUCCUACGAUUGUUAAAGCUAAAAUUCUCUUUCAAGAUAUUUGUUACAGUGGCGUGGAUUGGGACGAUACAUUGCCUAAAAGUGUGAAAGAGAAGUGGGAGAAGUGGUUGAGAGAUCUAAAGGAGGUAAAGAGUGUUUCAAUAGGCAGGUACUUGAGCGGCGUGACUGACACAUCUGGCUCAGAAUCAAAGCAGAGAUAUUUUUUGCAUGGAUUUGGGGAUGCGUCAAAGCGAGCUUAUUGUGCGGUUGUGUAUCUAGUAGUUUUGAACGGUAACGAUGUUCGUGUUAAGUUGAUUGCCAGCAAAACAAGAGUAGCCCCGAUGAAAGAACUUAGUAUUCCGCGGUUAGAAUUAAUGGCAGCUAGAAUAUUGGCUCAUUUAAUGUCUGCAGUCAGGAAAGCGUUAGAGUCAGAGUAUAAUUUUGAGGGCGUUAAGUAUUGGACUGAUAGUAUGACUGUUUUGUAUUGGAUAGUCAACUCAGGCAAUUGGAAGCAAUUUGUUCAGCAUAGAGUUGACGAAAUAUUAAGGCUUAGUUCAAAACAGAGUGGAGUCAUUGUCCAGGUAAGGAAAACCCUGCAGAUUUAG